AUGCUGACGCAGGCAAACCUCCUGCUGCUCGUUGUCCUCCCGGCCCUCGCAGCAGAGUCGGCGCCCUUCCAUGCCCCCGCAGCCCGCAGCAAUCUCGACAGCUCGCUCUCCCUCUUCGGCUUCGGCUUCACUCCCAGGCUCGCCCGGCUCGUCAAACGGGAAGAUCUCUGCCCGUUGCACUUCAAUUCCUGCGCCUUCUUGGGCAGCCCGCAGGCCUGCUGCCAGCCCGAGUCGAUCUGCUCCCGCGAUGCUGCAAACCACAUCGCCUGCUGCCCCCUCGGCGCAGAAUGCACCGGCACCCUGAUGGACACCACCUCGACUGCAGCACCCUCGCAGACGCCAGGCCCGGCCCCAGCACCAGCACCUACAUCGACCUCAUCGGGCUUUAUGUUCCCGCAGCCAGGCACCACGGCUGCCCCGACGCCCACGGGCUCGACGGUGCCGGGAGCUCCCUUCCCGUUCGUCUAUAUUCCCACGACGUUCCAUGACUCGGCAGAGUGCGUACGCUCUUACUCUGGCUGUCAGUCACAGUUCUCGGUUUGCACAGCUUCCCUCGGCGGCGCGUACGGAGUCACUAUCAACGGAGGGAACGGCGCCGGAGUCACCGUGCAGGGCGCCGCUCCCACAGGCAACGGACAGGCCAUUUGCUCCAGCCUCCUGCUGCGGGCCUGCUUCGGCCUCCAGGAGGGUUACUGUACCGCCUUUGCAAACGGCGGAGGUACUCCCAACGGCUCGCCACAACCACCUCACAGACAGUCGGCCCUAUACGAGAUUCUUAUGGGAUUGUCAAUCGCCAUCGCCGGGAUGAUUGCUUGA